AUUGAUCGAGGCGGUUAAUGCUCCUUUCGCUGGUUGCCAACCACCAUUAAAUAACAACAAGAAGAAAAUAUUGAUCUGCUUUUCUUAGUUGUGCACGUUUAAGACGCGAUUCAGACUCAAACAAAGCUGCAAAGCAGGAGAACAACAUGACCAUCAACUAUUCUGUGCCACAGUCCCAGUUUGCUGCAGCACAUAGAGAUGAUGAGAUGGUGGAAGAGCAACAGAGACAAUUUACGGACCCCUAAGAUGUGCAACUUAGAAGCAGUCAGAGGUAACUGGAUGGAGUUCAAUCAGGUUAAAUGCACAGUUGAUUGGAUUAUAUCUGAAGAUCGUAUGCUAUUCGUGCUAACUCUGCUAGACUCCAAAUUUCUCAUCCAAUUAAUGCGGGAGUAUCUCAAAAGUAAAUGAAACAUCUAAACUUAACACUUUUUCCCUAAAACUGACUGACAUGGGAAACAUUAAAGUUGAAUUGGAACCAGCUAAUCAGUCUGAAGGAAUCACAGAACCAGAAGGGAGACCACUGGGGAGGAGUUCUAUAAGUUAACUGGUGACCUCAGCUGUCAAGUUCCUGGAUGUGGAUGGCAACAGACCAGAGAACCUGAAUGACACCAUUACUCUGGAGCCUUGCCCUGCUGUAUCAGCUGAAACAUCAAGCCAUCCACCUCACCCCUCCUCCUCCACGUCCACCACUAUGUACAACCAUUACUCCAGCUCUUCGGUCUCACACUUACAGAUUCCUUGGGAAAGAUUUCCACUCCGACUGUCGCAUGCAAUCACAAGAGGAGACGGAGCUCAUCCAGAGGACAGGAGAAGUAUGGUCAGAAUUGUUGUGGAGGCCAUGCAAGUUCACUGCAGAAACCCUAAACGCGCAUCUUGUGAAGAAGUUGCUAAAAUCAUUGUAAACAGAUACCCUCAAACAUUUGCAGAUUUUACUGAAAAGGGAGAAAGACUGGGUUGUGGACAUUAUUCACUACUAAAAAGCAUCAAAUCUAGAGUUGAACAUGUUAAUCGAGAUAAUACAACACAUAGACUUAAUCAAACAAAGAGAACCAGGAAUGAGGAAGACUGCAGUCCCAACAGUAGUGCAACCCCACCUAAAAAAGUUAGAUGCCUUGUUGAUAGCUAUGGUUGUAUAAAUUGGCAGCCAGUUGAACUUCCUGAGGGGGAAACGCCAGCUUCUUUAGAGGAAAAGAAACACAUCUUGUUAACAAUUUUUAAUUCAGAAGGACCUGGAGCUGUGGAGAGACCUGAUGUGGAUGACUUCAUGUGCCUCACAUAUAUUUCUCAGCGGCAGCUUAUCAACAGUUGUCCCUCACUUUCAGUAGCUGAAAUUCAGGAGCAGUGGCCAUUCUUGUUUACUCGGAAAGGUCUUUCGAACCACUUUUACAAACUCACAGGCAUCGAUAUCAGUGAGCGCUUAGGUCAGGCCCUCAUAACCAAAGGCAGAAGGAUUAUUAACUAUUUCUCCAGCCAGAAGCUCAAAUGGAACCUUGGUAUAAGGACACUCAUCCAGCAGAUAGAAAGUGAGGGAGUUUUGACCAACAACAAGGUUGGCACAGCAGCCAUACUUCUCAUGAUGAAGUAUUACAAGGAAGAUGAAGACUCCCUCUUUGUUUUAGCAGAUGAAACAUCUACCAGGAUGUCCCUUGAAGUAGAGAGCAACCUGCCAAGCACCCCAAGGCUGAUUAUGCUUGGACAAAGUUCAAUGACCGCCACCUGCUGGAUGGUGAGUGCAGAGGGGCGUGUAAUUGUUGAGCUGGACAAACAGAACACCUUUGCUGAUGCAAUGUCAGUCUUCUUUGGUUCAUUCUAUGUAUUGAACCUGGAAUACCAGGAGUCAGCGUGUGCAACAUUGGAACUAAUUCAGAGGUUUUUUGUAAGGAUAAACCCUGAAGAGGGAACAAAAUGUACCUCCAAGGUUAGGACAAGCAGAAAGACUGGGACCACUGUGAAGCGAAAGGUUUUUCACAUUAACCCUCAUGUCACAACUUUCCUCCAGCGGCUUACUGAAUUUGAGUGGAAAACUUCAAAUUAGAUGAUCCAUGGCCCAUGCUUUCUGGACAUUUACACAAGACGAACAACAAUGACGACAAGCUCUCUUGCCAUCUUGCAAGAAGCUGUCUUUGUCCAAUAGGUUUUUUG